AUGCUUCCCAAUGCUGUCAAUCUUCCAGGCGGGAAUGAUUUUUCUCCUGAUCCCUGUCCGUCUUCUUCCUCUUCUGGAAUAAUCGAGAUUUUCGGUGUUUCGAUUGCCCCUUUUAACAACAAGGAAGAAGAUGACUGGUUAAAAGAACGUAAUCUUGAAAUAAAUCAAAAGGAUUGUGCGGAAACUAGUCACGAAGGAAAGGCGAUUGAAUUCCGUGAUUAUUUGUCUAGUAUGAGCAGCGGAGAAUCUUCUCGAGUUGAAGAAUCCAACCCAGAUGAAACUUCAAUUGACCUUGAACUCAGACUAGGGAGUCCAAUUAUGAAGGGAAGAAAGAUAAUGGUGCCGGAAAAGAACGUGACUGAAUCUUCUGAUCAUUUGUCUAGUGAGAACCAUACUACAACACCAUCUUCUCGAGUUGAAGAAUCCAACUCAGAUGAAACUUCAAUUGACCUUGAACUCAGACUAGGGAGUCCAAUUAUGAAGAGAAGAAGGGUGAUAGUGCCGAAAAGGAACGCGGCUGAAUCUUCUGAUUAUUUGUCUAGUGAGAACAAUGCUAGAAAAAGUGGCGCAUCUUCUCGAGUUGAAGAAUCCAACUCUGAUCAAACAUUACUUCACCUUGAACUCGGACAAGAUAGUAUUAUUAUGAGAAGAAGGAUAAUGGGGUCUGAAAUAGUUCAACAGGUUGAGGUUCACCAUGAGGAUCCAAUAAUAAUGGGUGCUGAAAUAAUUGAACAGGUACAGGUAGUUCAACAUGAGGAUCCAAUUAUAAUGGGGGCUGAAAUGAUUGAACAGGUUCAGGAAGUUCAACAAGAGGAUUCAAUUAUAAUGGGGGCUGAAAUAAUUGAAGAUGUUGAGGUUCAAGAUGAGGAUCAGGUAAUAAUAAAUGCUGAAAUAAUACAACAGGUUCAGUUUCAACCUGGGGAUCCUAAUCAUUGGACAAUCAGGAAAGUCUUGAAAAAAAGUGAUGUAGAUGGUUCCUCAAGACUCUUGAUGGGAAGAAACGAAGUGUUGAGUCAUAUUGCACCUUUCUUUAUGGACAAUCCAUCUGAGUUUUGCCAGAAUAAUGAGGGAAUUCGUGUUAUUGUUUACGAUGUUGAUACAAGUACAGGGCACAUGUUGAAACUUACAAAAUGGAAGACUGGCAGUUUUGUAUUGAAGAAUAAUUGGAUGCAACAUUUUGUGAAAAGGAGGAAACUCAUGGAGAACGAUGAGGUUGGGCUUAGAUGGGAUGCUCACGAGGCAAGAUUGGAAUUUACAGUACUCAGGAGGCAAGCACCAGAGGGUUGA